AUGGUCUCCCACAAUGGUGUGCGGGGAAUGCACAAGGACUUCAACAAUGAUUACAAGACCCAGAACUAUGUCAUCCCAAUCAAUCGCCCUGAAGCAGGUGGUGAGCUAUGGGUUGAGCUGACGGCGGGGGAUAUCGUUAAGGGUGUGAUCGAACGGCGUGAGGUGAAUAGCACAUCCGUGUAUGGUCAACUACUACCUCUACGACAGGAUCAGUGCAUCGUGUUUGGUCCCAAGAGACGACAUGAAGUCAAUGCGUGGGAGGGUGACAGAACAGUGCUUAUCGCCUAUACACCAAAUUGUCUGGGAAAGUUAUCACAAGACGAUCUUCACGCUCUUCAUGACUAUGGGUUUCCAGUUCCACUUUCUCAACUACCAGAGUUUUCGGGCAACUUGAGUAUUGAAGGCCCGGAGUUGGACAUCAAGGAGAGGAAGCUGGAAUCACUGACUGAGGAGGAGGACGAUGUGGAAUGGUCAAUGUAUCUGGACUUAGAGCCGGGACUGGUGAAGAUAUUGGAUGCAGCAGCAAGUCAAGAAAACUGCCCACGGAUGUUAAAGACGGAAGUGAGCUAUACAGCAAGGAUAGAAGAAGUGCUACGUGGACUAAAAGGACCCCUGGAUGUUGUGCACACGGUGAGUCCUGAAGAAGUGUACGCAAACCUACAAGCGUGGCGACCGGCAAUAGAGAAGGAAAUGGCUGGUGUGGAGUUAGCAGUUCAAAGGUUGCUACCAGGAACAGAGGAGAGGCGUACAUGGCUAAAUAAGCCGAGGGUGCAAAGGCUACCAAUGAAAUUCGUGUUCACUGUGAAACCCAACGAUCAGGCGGUUCUGAGCGAUCCAAGGUCGUGGUACAAACGCAAGGCUCGGCUCGUUAUAUGUGGGAACAUGGCGUCCAACGAUGGAGGCCAGGUGUACACAGAGGCAGCGCCUGCAGAAGCAGUCCGUACAGGGCUUACACUGGCUACAAAAAACAGCUGGAGCAUAGCAAUCCUGGAUGUGGUUGCAGCGUUCAUCAAGACACCAUUGGGAAGAUGCAGCUCAGAUCCAGUUGUGGUGGCACAACCGCCAAGGCUGCUGGAAACGCUUGGCUUGACUGAGCGUAUGGAGCUGUGGGGGCUCAUACGUGCACUAUAUGGACUACGAGAGGCCCCUAUGUUGUGGGGAAAUUUUCGUGAUGAUACGCUACGUGCACUUGCUCCUCCAAGGGGUUUGAAGUGGCAACAAGGAAGAGCUAUCACCUCGUGGUGGACUUUGAAGAACGCAGAGGGGAAGGUUGAGUUCAUCAUGUUGGUUUAUGUCGAUGACUUUAUGCUGUUUGGUCCGAGGAGACUGGUCCAAGAAAUCGGGGCUCUUAUCAAGAAGGUGUGGGAGACGUCAGAGCUGAGCUUCCUGGGAGAGGGGGAUCCAAUCCGGUUUCUGGGUAUGGAGCUUCAAAGGGAAUCUGAGCAAUCUCCUGUCAUCAAGGUGCUACAGCAUGGGUACAUUACAGAGCUACUACGUCUUCAUGAAGUGGAGUCGUGCAAAAGAGAUAAAGUACCAAUCACCAAAGAGCUACAAGUUCUGCCAGAGGAUGUUGGAGAUUGUGGUCCUGAGAUGGUGCGGCGUGCGCAGCAAAUUACAGGUGAAGUCUUAUGGGUGUCGCAGCGGACGAGACCGGAUUUGGCAUUUACAACAAGUAUUAUGGCAGCACUAUGUGUUCGGUGUCCGUCUCGUGUAAUCCAGAUCGGAGAUAAAGUCCUGGGGUAUUUGCAACGUACUUCAACCUAUGGGCUCACAGUAUCCUGGAGUGGAACAGGGCUUACUAUGUUCUGUGAUGCAGCAUUUGCACCACAAGGAGAGAGGUCCCAUGGUGGUUGGGUCGUGGUAUACGGCGGAGUGCCAAUAGUGUGGUGCAGCGGCCGUCAGCAGAUGGUUACAUUAUCGACAGCUGAAUCAGAGCUGAUUUCAAUAGUGGAUGGUGCAAUAGCGUUAAAGGGGGUGGAAGCAAUCCUAGCAGACGUGGGGGAGUUUGUCGAGGUUCGGGAGAUCGCGUCCGACUCAACAGCGGCCUUGAGCAUAACUGCGGGAUCCUCAUCCUGGAGAACGCGCCAUCUAAAAAUAAAGGCAAGCUGGCUUCUUGAGCAGAUUCGACAUGGUCUAUUCACAACGGUUCAUUGCCCAGGUGUUCGACAACCAGCAGAUCUUCUUACAAAGGCUCUUAGUCAAGCGAGGACAGCGGCACUUUUACAGCUAUGGAACAUUGAGGAGGAGCCAAAGUACAUGGUCUCUAAGUCUUCGUUGGCGAAGGUCUCAGCAAGAAUGCUGGUGGCACUGGUGUGCUGCUUGAUGAUGACUACAGUAAAGGCAUCUGAGACAGGGAGUUCCAGUACAAGUAGGUCCCCCGGGUCGGGAGUACAGGUGGACUGGGAUACGGCAGGUUUGCUGAUGAUAUUGCUUAUGGUUCUGGGUGUUCUCCUGAUCUAUGAGUCGGUGAAGUGGUUUCUAGCAGAGCUUUGCAAUGAGUGGACACCAGGUGCAAGUGCACGGAAACUGCGAAAGUUGAAGAAGCUACAGGCUGCAACGACGGCGGCGAUUGAAAGAGAGUUGGAGUCAGUCAUCUACAGCAAUGCCAAGGAGACGACCGCCUACGCCGCCUAUACCAACACAGGAUGUCACAAGUUCAAGGACACAAGCAUCAUCUCCUACAUGGUCACCUCCAAUCGAUUAUGGACCUGGUAUCGAUGA